GAUAUAUAAACGAUCAACCACUAUCUUUCUUCUCUGUAAAGUGCAUGUGCGUGCGAAUUUGUUAAAAUUCACCGACGGACAUUAAAGGUGCGGAUUGUCGGUGGGUAUUCAUACGUGCUUAAGAUUUCAGGACUACAGUUGACAUCUAUUUGAGUAUUUAAAACCCGGUCGGAAACACCCCGAAUGUUUUCAUACAGGAGAAGAAGGCGCUUCGCCCUCUCGUCGGGCCGCUCGAAACCAUGGAUGGAGACCCCCUCGUAUUCGUCGUCAAGGUUUCGUCUGAGAACUUUGAAUGGGAAGAACGUUUGGGUGUGCUCAACUCAGCAACAGCAACAGAGUAACGAAGAGGAUAAAGAUUUUGCCGACCCAAACGUGCUUCAAGUGAGAGAGGUCGACCUUGACAUUCGUCACAAUGCGCAUGUGCACCACACAAACGAGUUCGACAUCACCGAUUCGCGCGUAUACGAUACCAGGGAGGUCCUGGUCAUACGGCGUGGUCAGACGUUUCUUGCCCACGUGACCUUUAGCCGCGCUUUUGAUCCGACGAAAGACGACUUGAGACUAGUGUUCGAAUAUGGCAAAAGUCCCGUAGCAUCAAAAGGGACACGAGUUGAACUCAUUUUGUCGGAUAAAGAUGUGACGAACGAAUGGGGAGCUUGGAUCGAGUCCAGUAAAGACGCGUUGACAUCACUUCGAAUAAUGACGCCGCCGAAAUUGGUCAUCGGAAAAUGGAAACUGAAAAUUGACGUAAUCAAACGCGAGGACACAAAACAGACAACAUAUAGAUACGUGCACAAGGACCCAAUCUAUAUUCUAUUCAAUCCCUGGUGCAAAGACGACACGGUAUACAUGAGUGACGAAAGCGGUAAACUGCUUGGGGAGUACAUACUGAACGAAACGGGGAAAAUAUACGUGGGAAACAGCAAGAAAAUAUCUCCAAGAAUGUGGGUGUUUGGUCAGUUUACAGGUGAUGUGCUUGAUUGUGCAUUGGAUCUUCUUGACCAAGCAGAAAUAAAGGACCAGGCGAGGCACAACCCCGUCGUUAUCGCAAGAAAACUUUCAGCUCUGGUGAAUUCCUCCGACGACAACGGUGUGCUUACAGGAAACUGGAGUGGGGACUAUUCGAGCGGCACCUCGCCGCUGGAGUGGACAGGAAGUACCGCCAUCUUGGAACAGUACUACCGCAACAAAAAGCCCGUCCGAUACGGACAGUGCUGGGUAUUCUCCGGAGUCCUUACUUCCGUAUGCCGAGCCUUAGGCAUCCCGGCGCGGAGUGUGACCAAUUUUUCGUCUGCACACGACACCGACGGGAGCAUCUCCAUCGACAAACACUUUAACACCGACGGUGAACCACUCGAAGAUUACAACAGUGACUCUGUCUGGAACUUCCACGUGUGGAAUGACGUGUGGAUGGCGCGUCCGGACCUCCCUUCCGGAUAUGGCGGGUGGCAAGCUAUCGAUGCCACACCACAGGAAGCAAGCGAUGGUGUAUACUGUAUGGGUCCGAUGUCUCUGCGCGCUAUUCGGGAAGGAAAAGUGAGCCUGCAGUACGACGGACCGUUUGUGUUUUCGGAGGUUAAUGCGGACGAGGUCUACUGGGUAGUCGGAGAGGAUGGAUCCAUGGAGAAACGGGGCAUGAAUAAAAAUAAAGUUGGAAAGCAUAUCAGCACAAAGAGUGUGGCCGGUAGAAGCAACACGACACAAUCGUCAAGAGAUGGGAAAUUGUGUAGCGAUGUGGAGAGGGAAGAUGUCACCGACCAGUACAAGUUUACGGAAGGCUCGGAAGAGGAGCGUGCGGCUGUAAGGGAGGCAAACCUCCACUCCACGGUAGAGGGAAUCUACCAAACCGCAGAUGAGGACGUGGAAUUCCAAAUCAACUAUGACGUGGACACAUUCAUGGGCGAAGAAAUCAAGGUGACCCUUACCGCGCGGAAUAACAGCGCCGCCAAUCGAACAGUGAAGGGCACCCUGGUUCUCGGCACCGCCUACUAUACAGGCGUCUUCCACAAGGAGCUGCUGAAAGAGAAAUUGGAUGUGGUCCUGGAGCCUAACAAAGAAAAGGAGCUAGAGUUCAAAGUCGACGCCGGAAGUUACCUUGAAAACCUCGUGGACCACUGUAUGAUCACCAUCUCGUGUGUCUGUGUCAUCCAGGAGACCAGACAACACUAUAUCGGCCGGGACGAGCUCAGGCUCAGGAAACCUUCGCUUACUGUAAAGGCACCAGAGUCUGCUGGCAAUGGGCAAAGUUUCAAGGUAGAUGUUUCGUUUGAGAACAAACUUCCAGUUCCGCUCACCAAAUGCGAGCUGCGUGUGGAGGGACCUGGGCUGCAGAAACCAAUCAUCCACAAGCAAGCUGACGUAGGUGCCAAAGGGACGUUUAUCGCGUCGUUUCAAAUGACGCCGGUAAAGAGUGGUAAACGUGAUGUUGUCGUCUAUUUCAACAGCCGUCAGAUCUCUGGCGUCACCGCAUGCCACUCCGUCCAAGUGAAGUAGCAGCCUUCUGAGUUUGAACAUUUCAGAUGUGUUCUUAAAACACCGGUGUUAUCAUUUGUUAAUCCGCUAUUGUAUUAUUCUCAUUCACUUUUGUUACAAGUUAGUUUUUUUUAAAUUUUGUAGUGUGAAACCAUGAAGUAAAAUUUUGUGUAAGAACUCUGCUAUGAGCGAUUUGUGAAAUGAUAACUUUCUAUACCGACCAUUUAAAAUUAAUUCUACUUUAAACGUCAUCACCUUAGGAGAAAUAGGUAAAAAGCCUUCUAGAUGAAGGGAAACAUUCACCCAAAUUUAAGUAAAGUAAUAAAAAAACUUUUUUACUAAGGAUAAUAAUUAUAAUAACAAAAUGAGUCAAGACGUAGACUUUAUUCAUCAAAGGGUUCAGUAUCUAGUACUAUGUACAUUCAUAUAAUGUAGUUGUUGGAUAAAUUUGUAUUCACGGACAAGUAGAUCUACAUUUCCGUUGUUUUCAAAAUAGUAGUAUACACUUUUCCAUGUUGUAAGUGUUAUGCAAGGUUAUAAAAUAGGAACUGUAGGCUGCACAUAAACAUAUUUUAACACGCCCUUACCGUGUACCAAGCUUUUGUAGUAUUCUGUUUAAUAACUGCUGCCUUUUUUAACUUGUAAAACAUGUAUAAUAUUGUUUGAACAUUUAAUAUUUUAAGUGGAAUUUGAAGACGUCCAUAUAUUUUAUACACAUGUUCAAUGUUAUGGUACCUUCUCAUAUUUUUUUAUAAAAGUUUGUGUGUUUAAGCAGUAUAAUCCUAACAAAUAUAUAAUUUACAAAAAUAUGUCUCAUGUUUUCUGCUCCAC